CUUAUUUGUUUUUAGCGGAACCGGCGCCAAAAGGAAAUCGCAAAGUCAAUUUCCUGCGCGCGCUCUGCCGGCCGACUCUCUCCUCCAAGGCUCCAACAUUCCAACUCCCAUGGCGGCGGCGGCGGCGGCGCCCGUGGCGAAUCAAGCACAGGCCGUGCUCCGCGGCCGUCUCUGCGACCCGGCCUUCGUCCACUCCCCUCUCAGAUCCUCGCCCGACACCAACUACAGUAAGCUCAAGUACCUCGUCGACAGCUCCGUCUCCGAGGCCUGCAACAACUCCGUGCUCCUCCUCGGACCCCGCGGAUGCGGAAAAGGCGCGGUGAGGUUUCCCUUUCUUUAUCCCCAUUCCGUGACUUGCCCAACUGCAGAUGUGGUGUUUGAUGAAAUGUGCAUGCCAUGCGCGCAGUUGGCACCGCGUGCCAUCUUUUUCUCUCAGCUGGGAAACUCAUGUUUCACUUCUUUACAGGUGCUCGACAUGGUUCUAGAGGACCUGAAGAAGGAGCAUCCUGAUGCGAUAUCCGUGAUCAGGCUGAAUGGGAUGUUGCAUAGUGAUGACAACUGCGCUACCAAGGAAAUUGCAAGGCAGCUUUGUCUGGAGCAUCAAUUGUCAUUUUCCAAAAUGGCUUCUUCGGAUGACAACACUGACUUCAUGAUUGACAUGUUACGGGAGUGUGGACUAGCUCACAAGACAGUAAUUUUUGUCCUGGAAGAGUUUGACCUCUUUGCCCAGGGGAAGCAGCGGUUACUCUAUAGCUUACUUGAUGCGAUGCAGACUCUUACAUCACAAGCUGUUGUCAUUGGUAUAAGUUGCCGACUGGAUGCGGAUCAACUGCUAGAAAAAAGAGUUCGGUCCCGCUUCUCUCACAGGAAGCUUCUAUUUGUUCCUUCUUCAUUGGAUGGUAUACAGAGGUUAAUGGAACAUCUGCUAAUGCUAGACAAAGACUCGAGCUUACCAAAAAACUAUGUUACGGAGUACAAUUCAAGGCUUACUAGCAUUUUCGGAAAUAAGAAAUUUAAAGGAAUUCUUGGCUCUCUCACUGAUGCGGAUGCAACAACCAGCAACAUCCUCAGAUUUCUUUUCAGAGUGGUGUCAUAUAUGGACAUGGAAUCUGGACUUCUGUCAAUGGAAUGCUUUACACAUGCUCUUUCCUGCAUGCAGAGGCAACCCAAGCUGGACAGUUUGCAAGAUUUGUCGAUUUUGGAACUGUACAUACUUGUAUGCAUGAAUAGACUAGAAGAUAAGGAGCAAAAUUCGUACAACUUCAACUCUAUAAUGAAAGAAUACAGAUCUAUACAGGAUGCCUACAAAACUUCUGAUAAGUAUGCAACCACUGUUUGCUUCAGGGCUUUUGAACAUCUCUUGGACCGCGAGUUGAUUACCUUUGCAGACUCCAAAGGGAGAAAUGUGGCUCUUGAAUAUCGGUCUGUCAAACUUCUGAUAUCUUCUCGUGAACUUGCACAAUCCCUCGAGUUAAACACUACAUGCCCUGCUGUACUGCAGAAGCUACUUGACCGUGAAAGAUACAUGUAGAAGUUCUUAUGUGUUCGCUGAAGUUGUAGUACAUUUUCAAUGUUGCUGGUGUGCUUGUUUGACCAGAGCAAAUUCAUUGUCAGGUGUUUAUAGACCGCACCAGAACAUGGCAUCCUCUUGUUUGGGUGUUUCAUCGUGAAAUGGGUUCUGCUAUGUUUUGUCUUUC